UUUCCCCCCUCCCCCCCCCCCAUCUCUUCACCAUGUGUCACACUUCCCCCGCCGCAUCUGUCCUAUCACUCUUUGUCACUGUCAUUGGUGCCAUCUUUGUCGCAUGGCAUAUAAGGUCGUUUGACGGGGGCAAGUGUCUCCUGUUCACCCGACGCGACGCGUUCCGAUGGGGUAGGUCGGUCCGGGGCAGGCAAGGCAUUACUGAUUGGUCCAGUGAUAUUGAUGAUGUUGAUGGUGUCGCUGGUUUGCGUGGGUUCGCGGGUCAGAGCAUUUGGCUGAAUGUCAAGUUCCUCACUUGGUGUGGUAUCAUCACUUGGAUCAAGUAUCAAGAGGCCUACGGGGUGAUUCCUGUGGGUCCUGACGAGGUGGAGAUAUUGCCAGUGCCAUUUCAACUGUGGUCGGCCACUCGUCAAACACUCAUGCGAAACGGUUAUCACGUCAUGUCGGUCGGAUGGGCACUCAUGCUCGCAGUGCACGGCGAGGAGACCCUGUACUGGGGCUAUCUCAUCAACGCCAUCCGAUCGAGGAACAAUGAGAGUUGGUUCAAGUCGAUCUAUUUCAAGCUCUGGGUUGCGGGAUCUCUCGCGGUCAUUUGCAUCAUGCCCGCUGCAGGCUCGAUCGAGACGAAGAACAUUGUCAAGAUGGAGAACAACAUCUUUCUCGCGGGGUCCGUCGUGGCCAUUAUCAACUUUGUCUCGUCGCUGUGGCUCAUUGUGGUGUUCCCAGGAUUCAUCAACGAGUCGCGCAAACAAGGUGCCAAUCCAGAAGUCCUGGGUCGCCUGCACUAUUUCAAAGAGCUCAACUUGGCAAGGACAGUGUUCAGGUUGCUCUACUCGGCAACGCUCAUGGCACUCUCGGUGGAUGGGUAUACCAAGCACGCGUUUUUGAACACCACUCCAUUCUGGACCGACUGUCUGUUCGUCUCGGCCUACUUCUCCGCAUUCAUCUCGACCUGCAUCUCGCUCAUGAUCCUUCUGCCUCGAAGCAUGACGUCUGAAGCGGGCAUGGGUAGGACGACAGCGCCGGUCUUUGUCAGACAGCCCGCAGGUCCGUUUGGCGUGCGCAAGGUCCGACGGGACGACGGAGCGAGUAUCAGACCGAGGGACCUCGAACGCCAGUCCAACCCGUGGGGUGCGCUGGGUGAACGACUCAAUCUGGAUCGAGCGGAUCUGGAGGAUCUCGCCGAGAGCCACUCGUCCGCCGACGCCUUUGAUUUGCCCUUUGCUGCGCAGCCUGGGUCGAGGAUGCUACGAGAUGGCGAAGAGCCAAAGCAGAAUCUGCCGGGGCAGCUCAAGGACUUUAGAGGGCCGCUGGAUGUCAACAGGCCUCAGGAGCCGAUGGAUCUGAACAUUGUAGUGACCUCGACCACGGUCGUGGACAAGUAGAUGUGUGCAUGAUGUACGAGCGAGGUGAAGUCGAGCGAGCUGAAUGACAUGUACGAGCGAGGCGAAGCCGAGCGAGGUGAAUGUCAUGUAUCGGGAAGCCGCGAGAUGAGUGACAUGUGUCAAUCGGGAAGCCGCGAGAUGAGUGACAUGUGUC